AGCGCCGUUUCCAGCCGGCGGCCUUAAGCCGCUGCACGGCGCUGGGCGGGGACCCGCGAGGCGGCGGGAGCGGUUCGAACCGCCGCGAUGUCAGCUAAGAGAUCACUAAAGUUGGAUAGUGUUAAAAAACAUAAUCCAGCUGAAGCAAGCCCUUUGACCAAGAAGAAGAACCUAAACUCCUAUUCACCAACAACAGGAACACGCCAGAUGAGUCCAGUUUCUUCUCCCUCAAGUCAUAAUGCACAAGAACUUGGAAAUGGCUUAUCACAUGGAGAUGACACUAAUUCAGAAAGCAGAUUAUCCAGAAGAGGGCAGCCUCAAACAGUGAAGGAUGCGUUUGCAGAGCUGCAGUCCAACGUGAAAAGUUCCUUGGUCAGAAUUCUGAAAGCAAGAGAAAACCUGAGAAGCCUGCAGGCUUUAGAGGGCAGCAGAGAGCUGGAAAAUAUCCUCGGUGUCUCGGACUCGAAUUGCAUCCUGAGCGCUGAAGUGCAGAAAACCCAAGUGCUAAUGAGUCAAGCAGAAGAGCUGCAGCUGUUGAGAAGUAACCAUGGAAAACUUCCUGCCCAAGCUGAAGUUUGAGCAGAUCUCUCCAUCAGCCUUUCUGCAUUGAACCUCACCUCAAAAAGACUUUCCAGAUAGUUUAUGGUUCGUGUCUGCUCUGACCCAAUAUCCCUACAGAGACUUUUGAAGGGAGGCACUGGGCACCUCUCAUGGGACCUGCACAUGUUCACAGGUCGCAGGUAAUUCCUCGGAAUCAACUUUGUUGCUGCGAUGCAGAAAAGAGACUGGCCUUGUUUUUCUCUUUCUGUGUGGGCCAACCAUCUGUGUUUCUGCUAAUGAGGACUCCUCUCAAAGUAGACAUGCAGAAAAUUUAAUCUCAGUUACGUCUCUAAGUUCUAUCUCAGUGUGUAUGUUUGUACGUGGGACUGCAUUAAGCAAAACUGCAUUGAGUGCGCAUACACGCAAGGGCUCGGUCCGGCUCACCCGCUCUGUUUAGUCAUAAAUUGUUGUGAAUCUCCCCGUGCAGAGACCCAGAGAGAUCAUUCUACCCUCCUGCGCUCACAGUCAAAACUGAUUGUAAGAUUGUCCCAAAGUACACGUUAAGGAGAAGAGCGUUGUAUGCUGAUUUUCACUCUGCAGAUGAGAAGCUGUUGCUCGGGCUCAUUUGGCAGGGUGCGUUCCCAGUUCGUGCAAGCAGCUCUUUUUUCAGUUUGUAACCAUGCAAAGUCCUUCGCGGUUUGGAAGAGAUAACAGAAACCACUUAGGCUGGUAUCCAAAAAGUGCAGUGCUUGUGGUUUGCCCAGUGCAGGCGAGCAGCCUCCUGUACUGAAGGAGCCCUGCUGGAAGGUAAGCAGGAUGGCGGCCGCGCUCCCACAGCCCCCAGCGCUGCGCUGUUCCCUGGCGCGGCACGUUCCGCUGCGUGGGACAGAUUUUACACGUCCUGGCUUUGAGGUUGAGAUUUAAGAAGUCCCCGGGCCUGAGGUUGCAGCACGAGAAGCUUUUUGGAUGGAAGGGGGCAAUUUACAAACCCCUGCGAUGAUUUAACAUCUUCUGCAAUGCAGAUGAAAUAUUAAGCUAUUAACUUCUGUGGCAGAUACAGAAAUGCACAUGAGACGUACGACUGUCGGCCUGCGACGUAUGUGCGCGUGGAACUGCCAGCCUGCAUUUCACUGGGAGGCGCGGGCCGCGCUUAUUCACGAAUCUCACACUCGUGUUUAUCCUCCAUUUUCCUAGGUACCUUUUUACAGACCCCGCAGCCAUUAAUUCUUAAUUCUAGCAGAUCUAGACUUCGGAGUAUUAAGUUUAAUGAAAAAUUAAAGCAUUGUAGUACUUUCAGCGGCUACGCGUAGCAACUCCUGCGUGAGAAUAAAUACUGCUUUCUCCCAUGAAUAUAAUUAUUUUAAACAAAAAAGAAAAGAAACAUUAGUUUGGACUCACUUAGAAGCAAUUAUAUGUUUAAGAGGUGUAAAUAACUUGCUAUCCAGACGUUACAAAUAUCCAGGUGCUCUGUAUGUGCUGAUGACAACAAAAUUGAAAAGAAAGACUGUAAUAAUUCUGACUGGUUUUCUCUGCAGAAGAUAUUGAUUAUUUGUGUGUGGUGAGAGAUUUGGAAAAUUCAAUUAAAGGAGUUGUGCAAAGGUUUCAUAAAUUUUCCCCGUACAGCGUGUACACAGACAUUGUUGCGUAUUAAAUCAAUGCAGCACUUCACAAUAUAUUUUCUUUGAAACAUAAAAAUAAAUAACAUUUAAACAGUUCUGCUUACUACAGAAACAAAUUUUAUUUUCUGUGAAGCAUUUAGUCAUGUGCUAUCACUGACUCAUACGCAUUUGCCAGCUGUAACAAAUUUUAUAGACGUUUUCUCCAGAGACAUAGCUCAUAUACUAUGAAUUUUUAAAUGAGCAAAUGGUGAAGAAGGGAUGUCAGCAAUAUAAAAAUUGAUCAGUUAAAAGAUAAAAGCAUAAGUAAAGAGAUUUGUAUGGUAGUCUUAAUAGGUUUUAUUAAAUAAAAAUACUAUAAAAAGACAGUAAUGAAUAGACUGACGGUUUUAACUGUGGUUGAGGUGGAGAAAAAUUAUUCUGGCACAUUUAGUACGAGAUUGGUUUUAUAUCACCUGACAGGUGGACAUUUUUUUUCCCUCCGCUUUUUAGAUCUGCAAAUGUUUUAGAGCAGUCAAACUUGGGAAAGAAGGGCCGUGGAAGCGGGAGGGGAGAAGAAACUUGGGAUUGUGCCCUGGCGAUGCUGUUGCGGGCCGGGGCAGGAGGCGGCAGCGCUGUCGGCCUGCUGGCACUGGGCUCUGGCUUUCUGGUGACCAUUGGGGCGCUGCCUUGUGCCGAGCAACCUCAAAGUGCCGAGCUGGGGAGGGGAGAGCCAGCCCCUGUGCUGCAGCCACCCGUCCUCCUGCCGCUCCUGAGCCCUCCCCGGCCUGGCUGCUGCGGGCACGGCAGACUUUCAGCGCGGUUGCUUCAGUGUGUAUGGGUUCUUUAAGUCCUGUGUAGUCUGAAUGCCGCUGUCAGCGAGUAAAGGCUUCAUCAAGACUUCUGAAUUAGUUGCAAUUAGCACAAAGAAGCCAAAGAGCAGCAGCUAGCGAUUACAUCUUAGUCUU